AUGGCGGCAGAGACGACAGAAACUGCACCGCGGCGGUUUUUUAACAGCCGCGCAAACGGCGGCGCUGACGGCGGCGGCAUCGGUAGUAGCGCACGGGGCGCCGCCGCUGUCCCUGUCCCCGUUCGCGCCGCGGUUCCUCGAUGCCUGUGUAAAAAAGACCUCGAAUCGCGGCGCCGGAAGCGCGGGGCGUGGACGGCGGCGGAAGACGCGGAGCUGCGGGCUUACGUGGCAAAGUACGGCGCGGGAAGUUGGAAGCGCGUGACGGAGGCGACCACGCUGAAACGCGACGCGCAGAGCUGCCGACUGCGGUGGUCCAGUCACCUCAACCCUAAGGUCAACCGUGCGCCCUUCUCGCCAGAGGAAGACGCCCUGCUGCUCGCGAGCAUAGCGUGGGGGGGCUCCCACAGCGGAACCAAGUGGGCUGCCUUUGAGUCCAACGAAUUGAAUGGCGCUCCCAUUCAAUGGGACUCCCGUUCUUCUGGCGAGCGUGACAUGGGGCCUCCUCGGCGAGACGAAACCAAGUGGGCCGGCUGCGAGUCCAACGAAUUGAAUGGCGCUCCCAUUCAAUGGGGCUCCCACGGCGAAACCAAGUGGGCCGCGAUCGCCUCGGCGAAAUUCCCCUCACGAACGGGUUACCAGAUUCAGAGCCGCUGGCACAGCCUGGUCAACAAGCAACGGCGCGGGAUGAAGAACAACCCUCGCAUUGGCCCCCCGAGGGCGGAAUCCCCCCUCCCAGGGGGGGGGGAUCAGGGGAGGCGGGAACUCCCCUCCUGCCUUCAGAGCCGCUGGCACAGCCUGGUCAACAAGCAACGCCGUGGGAUGAACGAGGGGAAAGAACUUCCCCCCUCCCAGGAAGCGGGCGGCAGGGAGGGUUACCACCAGAUUCAGAGCCGCUGGCACAGCCUGGUCAACAAGCAGCGGCACGGGAUGAAGUACAACCCUCGCAUUGGCCCCCCGAGGGCUGAAUCCCCCCUCCCAGGGGGGGAUCAAGGCGGGGGGGGAUCCCGCCUCCCGGGGGGGGAUCAGGGCGGGGGGGGAACCCCUCUCCCAGGGGGGUUUCAGGGCGGGGGGGAAUCCCCCCUGCACGGGGAAAAGAAUUUUCCCCCUUCCCUUAAAGGCAUGGGCGCGGAGGGGGAGGAGGGAAACACUUUACUACCUGCUGCUGGCCCUACUGUCAACCCGUCUUCUCCAACCCAGAGUGGAAGGCCGGAGGGAAACACUACAGCUGCUGCUAUUGUGACAGGCACGGGUGCCGCCUUUGCUCCUUCUCCUGCUGCUGCGCCUGCUCCUGCUGCUCCUGCUGCUGCUGCUGCUGCUGCUGCUGCUGCUGCUGCUGCUGCUGCUGCUGCUGCUGCUGCUGCUGCUGCUGCUGCAGCCCCUGCACCUGCUACUGUUGCUGCUGCUACCCCACCAGCUAUUGCUGCGUUCAUCCAGACCCUCCAUUCUGCAAUCAACGGCCAUCCUCACUCCCAAAGCUCAACCUCCUCCCUUCAGUUUCCCUCCACUCUUCCGGAUUCCAUGCUCCCUAAAUGUUUCGCAGUGCAAAAACGGGGCAGCAGCCAGUCACCUAGCAGCACCGCUCUGCACCAGCAGCUGCAGCAGCACCAGCAGCAGCACCAGCAGCAGCACCAGCAGCAGCAGCAGCAGCAGCAGCAGCAGCAGCAGCAGCAGCAGCAGCAGCAGCAGCAGCAGCAGCAGCAGCAGCAGCAGCAGCAGCAGCAGCAGCAGCAGCAGCAGCAGCAGCAGCAGCAGCAGCAGCAGCAGCAGCAGCAGCAGCAGCAGCAGCAGCAGCAGCAGCAGCAGCAGCAGCAGCAGCAGCAGCAGCAGCAGCAGCAGCAGCAGCAGCAGCAGCAGCAGCAGCAGCAGCAGCAGCAGCAGCAGCAGCAGCAGCAGCAGCAGCAGCAGCAGCAGCAGCAGCAGCAGCAGCAGCAGCAGCAGCAGCAGCAGCAGCAGCAGCAGCAGCAGCAGCAGCAGCAGCAGCAGCAGCAGCAGCAGCAGCAGCAGCAGCAGCAGCAGCAGCAGCAGCAGCAGCAGCAGCAGCAGCAGCAGCAGCAGCAGCAGCAGCAGCAGCAGCAGCAGCAGCAGCAGCAGCAGCAGCAGCAGCAGCAGCAGCAGCAGCAGCAGCAGCAGCAGCAGCAGCAGCAGCAGCAGCAGCAGCAGCAGCAGCAGCAGCAGCAGCAGCAGCAGCAGCAGCAGCAGCAGCAGCAGCAGCAGCAGCAGCAGCAGCAGCAGCAGCAGCAGCAGCAGCAGCAGCAGCAGCAGCAGCAGCAGCAGCAGCAGCAGCAGCAGCAGCAGCAGCAGCAGCAGCAGCAGCAGUAG